AACAUUUCACACAUUUUCUAAGUCAAAUACUUUGACAUUUUUAAAAUGGGGUUUUCAUCUUCUCUCGUUCUUGUGAAGUUGGUGUUUGUUAUGGUUUUUAUGGGAGUUGUUUCCGCUCAACUUUCAACAAAUUUUUACUCGAAAUCUUGCCCGAACCUUUUACCUACUGUGAGGUCGGCUAUGCAAUCGGCUAUUUCGAAAGAAACCCGAAUAGGCGCUUCUCUCCUCCGCCUACACUUCCAUGAUUGCUUUGUCAAUGGAUGCGAUGGUUCAAUCCUUCUUGACGAUACAUCCUCUUUCAUCGGUGAAAAGAGGGCGGCUCCUAACUUUCGAUCUGCAAGAGGGUUUGAAGUGGUGGACAAUAUAAAGUCAGCUGUUGAAAGAGCAUGUCCUGGUGUGGUCUCGUGUGCUGAUAUACUAGCUGUUAGUGCUCGAGACUCUGUUCAAAUCCUUGGAGGACCAAGUUGGAAUGUGAAAUUGGGAAGACGGGACUCAAGGACAGCGAGUCAAGGUGCAGCCAACAACAGCAUUCCACCACCCACAUCGAGCCUCAGUGGACUCAUCUCUUCCUUUAGUGCGGUUGGUCUUUCGGCUAAGGACAUGGUGGCUCUCUCAGGAGCCCACACGAUUGGGCAAGCAAGGUGCACAAAUUUCCGAGCUCGAAUUUACAACGAAACCAAUAAUUUGGAUGCUUCAUUUGCUACAUCAAGGCGGAGGAACUGCCCAAGACCCACCGGCUCCGGCGACGACAAUCUCGCACCACUUGAUAUCCAAUCUCCGACGACCUUCAACAAUGACUAUUACAAGAACUUGAUCAACCAGAAGGGUUUGCUCCACUCAGACCAACAGCUCUUUAACGGUGGCUCCGCCGACUCUACCGUUAGACAAUACGGUAGCAACCCCCGUCUAUUUAACUCCGACUUUGUUGCCGCCAUGAUCAAGAUGGGUGAUAUUAAGCCACUAACGGGAUCCAGUGGCGAGAUCAGGAAAAAUUGCAGGAAUCGCAAUUAAAAUCUUCAAUGAAGUUUGGUGUUCUUUUUUUAUCAUAAAUUUUGAGAUUUGAAAAAAGUGUGGAUUAUGCGUGUUUAAGUGUUGUUCUUGUUCUUAAUCAUCGUACUUUCAGGUUUCGUUUAAGUAUCCGAUAAAUAUGUAUUUUUCCCCUUUUCUGAAGUAACAAUAUAAAUAACUGCUUCGUUUAUC